AUGUACCUGAAGAUGGGCACGACCGGCGUGGUGGUGGCGUCGUCCCUGGGCGCGGCGAGGACGUUCCUCAAGGCGCUGGACGCGAAGUACGCCAACCGGCCGGCGGUGGCGAGCGCCGCGGACAUCACGUACGGGUGCCAGAACAUGGUGUUCGCGAACUACGGGCCCAAGUGGAAGCUGAUGCGGAAGCUCGCCAGCGUGCACCUGCUCGGGGCGCGCGUGCGACGCGACGAGGCCGGCCACCUGCUUCGCGGCGUGGCGGAGGCCGCCGCGGCCGGGCGGCCCGUCGUCGUGCCGGAGGUGCUGGUGUGCGCCCUCGCCAACAUCGUCGGGCAGAUCACAGUGAGUAAGCGGGUGUUCGACGCGCAGGGGGACGAGUCCAACAGGUGA